UUUUCGGUUAAUUGUUGCAGCGUGAGGGAAACUCAAGCCGGGGGGGUGCCAAUCCAGAGAAUGACCGGCCUAAAACACCUGAUGCUAAGACACUAAGGAGACUUGCUCAGAAUCGAGAAGCAGCUAGGAAAAGCAGGCUUAGGAAAAAGGCUUAUAUUCAGCAGCUAGAGAACAGCAGGAUGAAGCUUACUCAAUUGGAGCAGCAGAUACAAAAAACAGCUAGAGCUCAAGGAUAUGCAACUGCUGGAAGUUCUCUUGCAGCAGAACAUGGACUUCCUGUUGGAAUGGGAAACCUCAAUUCAGAUGCAGUGAUAUUUGAUGUGGAGUACGCGAGAUGGCUUGAGGAACACCAGCGGAUGAUGUGCGAGUUGCGAGCAGCAGUGCAACAGCAUAUAGGAGAGGAUGAGCUGAGGCUUUUUGUUGAGAAUUGCUUGUCUCAUUUUAAUGAGGUCAUUAAUCUCAAAAGCAUGCUUGCAAAAACUGAUGUUUUUCAUCUUCUCUCUGGUACUUGGAAAACUCCUGCUGAGCGUUGCUUUAUGUGGAUUGGUGGCUUCCGCCCCUCUGAAAUCAUUAAGAUGAUUCCAAGCCAAAUUGAGCCCUUGUCGGAACAACAGCUGAUGGCUUUAUAUGGAUUACAGCAAUCCACACUGGAGGCUGAGGAAGCACUGUCACAAGGUCUUGAUUCUCUGAAUCAAUCCCUAUCGAAUGUGAUUGUUUCUGAUUCUCUCACUUCUCCUGCAAAUAUGGCAAACUACAUGGAACAGAUGAGUGUGGCCAUGGCAAAGCUCUCCACUCUUGAAGGUUUCGUGAGACAGGCGGAUAGUUUGAGGCACCAGACAUUUCAUCGCUUGCAUCAACUCCUGACGACUCGUCAAUCAGCAAAGAGUGUAUUGGCAAUUGCGGAAUAUUUCCAUCGUCUCCGCACCCUCAGUUCCCUUUGGGUGGCUCGCCCUCGUCAUGAUUAAUGAAGAAGAUAGUGCCAUCUCCUGCAUUAGCAGCUUGUUUAAUCAUCGUUGGCUGUAUGUUGUGUUGUUUUCUGUUGUGUUGUCUCUCCUAUGUUAGCAGCAGCUUGUUUAAUCAUCGUUGGCUACAUGUUGUGUUGUGAUGUAGUAGUAUAAGAUUUAUGGGUUAUGUACAUGAACCUACCUAGAUCGCAAGUGGUUAAGCAUGAAUUUCUAUGUAUGAACAAAGUCGCUAAGUUUGAGAGUGA